CUUCCGCCUUCCUCCUUCCGCGGCCCAGCUGCAGAGACCCGGGAGUCAGGGGCGGGUCGGAGCCGUCAGUCAUGGAUGUCGCCGAGCUGAGCGGUAGCUCGGUGCUGACCAACGUGGCCGAGGUGGUGGAGCAGAUCCUCACCUUCCUGCCCACCAAGUCGCUGCAGAGGAGCGCCAGUGUGUGCAGGCUGUGGAGAGACUGUGCGCGGAGGGUUUUGCGGAGACACCGAAGGCUGUCAUGGAUUGCAACAAAAGGCCAUUCCUACAUCGAUGAAGAUGAUGAUCAACACUUUCUGUUGAAGAAAAUGAUUGUUGAACUGGAGGAAGUAUAUGUACUGCCUGAAGUAGUACUUUACAUGGCUGGCACUGAUACCUUCAGCAUACAGAGUUCCAGUAGACGGAAAAAAGAGAGAAGAGACGAGUCCACAAGUAAAAGUAAGGAUGCAGAAGCAGCUACAAAGUUUGAGAAUCUACUGCCUGCAGAAUGCAAAUUAUUGGGAGUCAGCUGCCCUGGAAUUGUCUACACUCCUAUGGGAAGUGGCAAGCAGAGACCUCUCGAGGUAGAAGAUGGAAUUGCAGGAUUUGCCUUGCUCCUGCCCAAAAUUGAAGGUGUGACAGUCAAACGCUUCCACUUGUCAAACAAGGAUUUCAACAAUAACACUUUUGAUCAAAAGAAACUCCAAGCAGCAGGUCUUCAAGAUAACCCGGACCUGCGCAUAGUAAUCCUGUUUGGAUACAACACUUACAAGCCUGCAGCAGCCGACUUCAUUCAGCGACUCACCGGGCCUUUCAACGUGAGGAAUACCAUCGUAGUCGGGGGUCAUGUUGACAGAGUGUUUUCACCCAGUUCUGAAAGUAUUGAUUGCCGGCACAUGUAUGGCAUAGUGGGCCUGUCGUUCAGUGGCAGACCAAUCCAGGCUGCCUCGGUUCUCCUCGACGAGGACGUGGACACGCCCAAGAGCGUCGAAGCAGCGAUGCAGCGCCUCAAAGCGGCCAACAUUCCCGAGCACAACACGGUGGGCUUCAUGUUUGCCUGCAUUGGCCGGGGUCGGAACUACUAUUCCAAGAUGGAGAACGUGGAAGCCGAUGCCUUCAGGAAGCAGUUCCCCAGCAUUCCGCUGUUCGGGUUUUUUGGUAAUGGAGAAAUUGGCUGUGAUCGUAUUGUGACUGAAAACUUCUCACUGAGGGAGUGCAGCACCUCCUCAGAAUGUGAUGAAUUAAUCCAUGGUUACACCACAGUAAUGGUGCUUGUUCAUUUUGGGCCACUUAAAUAAUUAAAAGCCUUCAAGAGGCUCACCGAGGCUUAGUGAUUGGCUAAGGCAACUUGCAAGGACCUGAGCAAGUUUGGGGCAGUCAUUGUCCCUCAGAUACUUGCAUGAAGGGAUGCAGUUUCUUUGCUCAGGCCACCAUCUCCAAAGGUGGCCCAUAGAGUGAUCAUUCAGUAAUCUCUCAAAAAAAUCUGUUUAAAACAUUGAUCUCAGCUUCCACGUUUUCUCAAUUGUAUAGUUUUUGAUUUGUUUUUCAUCUUUAUUACAAUCAGAUGUAAAGGUAAUCAUGGCUAAAUAAUCAAUACUUCCUAUGAUUAUUAUUCUGUGAUCUUUUUGAAUUAAAACAGUAUAAAGGAGCUGUGAGAGGUGACACAGACAAGGCAUUUUAAUGUUGGAAAAUGCUCAUCAGCUGACUCUUGGCCUUCUUUCCAUGUUGCCCUGGUUGGGUUGGUGUCAGUAAGGCUUUGGUCAACUAAGAUUGGGCACAGAGGUGAAGUGCUCCAGCGACCCUGGUUUAACCCUGACCAAGGCUGCUGUCUGCGUGCAGUUUGCACGCUCUCUGUCCCCACACUCCAAAGACGUGCCGAUCAAUCAGUUAAUUGGCUGCUGUUGGGGGAACAGGAAAAACGGCAGUGGGUGUGUGGUGAGGAGUUGAUGGGCGUGAGAGAGAAUUUACAGGGAAGUAAUUGGUGAAAAUGAAAACCCACAAAGCCUCAAUGGGCCGAAUGGCCUUAUUUUUUGUUGUACAAUAAUUGAGACUGGGAGAAAGGUGACUAUUUCUACGGGAAAGAAUGCUUUAUAUUUACUUGGACCCUUUUUAUGACCCUGGACAUCAUAAAUGAGUUUGCAACUAGAGGGCAUAGGUUUAAAGUGAGAAGGAAAAGAUUUAAAAGGGACUUAAGGGGCAACUUUUUCACACGGUGUGUGGUGAAUAUAUGGAAUAAGCUGCUGGAGGAAGUGCUAGAGGCAGCUACAAUUACGACAUUUAAAAGGCAUUUGGACAGUUACGUGGAUAGGAAAAAUUUAGUUUUUAUGGGCCAAACACAGGGAAGUGGGACUAGCUCAGUUCGGCAACUUGGUUGGCGCUGACGAGCCUGUUACUGUGCCGUCUUACUCUAUGACUCUACAACCCAACCAGGGAAGUACUUCUGAAAUGCAAUCACUAUUUUCAGAAAUCACAACAGACCAUUCGUGCACAGACAAUCUAUGAUUUUGGGUGAAGGAUGAUGAGCCACGGCAGUGGGGAGAACCCAGUGAAGCAACUAGUAGAGGUGUUGCCUCAUGGUCCAUUGACCUGGGUUCAAUCCUGAUCUGUUGCUGUCUGUGUGGAAUUUGCAUGUUCUUCCUCUGACCUGGUGGGUUUCCCCUUUUCCUCUGGUUUCUUCCCACAGCCCAAAAGUGCAGAUUGGUAGGUUAAUUGGCCACUAUAAAUUGCCCCAAGUGUGUAGGUGAAUGGUAGAAAGUUGACAGGAAUGUGAGGAGAAUAAAAUAGGGAAACGUGUGAAUGGUGUUGAUGGUCGGCAUGGACUCGGUGGGCUGAAGGGCCUGUUUUUGUGCUGUACGACUGUGUAGUUCUAUAAUUUGUCAGAUUCUAUGAACCACUCCACUUUUCUUCCAUAAGCUGCAAUCCCGGGUUGAGAUUUUCAAUUUAAACUGCAAUCCCGGGUUGAGAUUUUCAAUUAAAAAUUCCUCCAAACUGUGUGGCUAAUAGAUUAUUGCGCUAUGGUCUCUGGAAACCCAGAGUUUUCAGUUGCCAGGAAGCAUGUUACCCACUGAAAUGUGGCUGACUCCUCAGAAGAAACUGUACAAACAUAACCUGUAGGAAAUGUACAACCUGCUGUGCUAAUACUAUCUUCACUUGCAUUCUGUAAAGCACUCAGCAGUAUAGUUAAAGAUUUUUUUUGCACUUCUUUGGUACAAGGCUGGAGACUUGUGCAGGAAGUACUGGCAGAGCUGUCGCUGACUUUGAAGCUAGGAUUAAUUCAUCUUUUUAGUAAAGUUGCUUUUGAGGAAGAGUGAUCAAAAUAUGAUAGAAUUUUAUAGAAAGACUGAAAAUUGUAUAUUGCAAUAUAAGCAAAGGAAGUUACAAAAGUAUGAGAUAUGAGUUGGCUUUACUGGAUUAGGAAACUACAUUAAAAAGUAUGACAAUAAAUAGUCAAUGGCUAACAUUUAAAGAAUUAAUAUUUUUUGUAUUGAACUCAUAAUUAACUCCAUAAGACAAAGGAGCAGAAGUCAGCCAUUUAGCCCAUCGAGUCUGCUCCGCCAUUCUAUCAUGAGCUGAUCCAUUCUCCCAUUUAGCCCCACUCCCCCGCCUUCUCACCAUAACCUGUGAUGCCCUGGCUACUCAGAUACCUAUCAAUCUCUGCCUUAAAUACACCCAAUGACUUUACCUCCACAGCCGCCGUGGCAACAAAUUCCACAGGUUCACCACUCUCUGGCUAAAGAAAUUUCUCUGCAUCUCUGUUCUGAAUGGGCGCCCUUCAAUCCUGAAGUCGUGCCCUCUUGUACUAGACUCCCCUACCAUGGAAAGCAACUUCGACACAUGUACUCUGUCCAGGCCUUUUAACAUUCAAAAUGUUUCCAUGAGGUCCCCCCUCAUUCUUCUGAACUCCAAGGAGUACAGCCCAAGAGCCGUCAAAUGUUCCUCAUAUGUUAACCCUCUCAUUCCUGGAAUCAUUCCAGUGAAUCUUCUCUGAACCCUCUCCAAUGUCAGCACAUCCUUUCUUAAAUAAGGAGCCCAAAACUGCACACAGGACUCCAAGUGAGGCCUUACCAAUGCCUUAGGCUCAGUGGUAGGAAGCAGAGGGUGAUGAUCGAGGAUUGUUUCUCGGACUGGAGGCCUUUGUUGUUUGUAAUUUAUAUAAGCGAUUUGGAUAUGAACGUACAAGGCAUGGUUAGUAAGUUUGUGGAUGAUACUAAAAUAGGUGGCGUAGAUAGUGUGGAAGAUUAUGAAAAAUGACAGGGAUCUUGAUCAGCUGGGGAUGUGGGCUGUGGAUUGGCAAAUGGCUUUCAAUCCAGAUAAAUGUGAGGUAUUGCAUUUUGGGAGAUCAAACCAGGGUAGUACUUGUACAGUGAAUGGUAGGACCGUGGGGAGUGUUACGGACAGAGGAAUAUAGGGGUGCAAGUGCAUAGUUCACUGAAUGCAGUGUCACAGGUAGAUAAGGUGGUGAAGAAGGCGUUUGACACACUGGCUUUCGUCAAUCAGUGCAUUGAGUUUAGGAGUUGGGAAGCUACAUUGAGUUAUAUAAGACAUUAUUGAGGCCACACUUAGAGUACAGUGCACAGUUUUGGUCACCCUACAGGGGCCUGAGUUACAAGGAGAGAUUGUGUAGACUACGACUUUAUUCCUGGAACGUAAGAGAUUGAGGGGUGACCUGAUUGGGGUAUAUAAGAUCACGAGGGGCAUAGACAGGGUGAAAGCACAUCAUCUUUUCCAGGGAGGUGGUGCUCAAAAAACAAGAGGGCAUAGGUUUAAGAUCAGAGGUGAGAGAUUUAAGAUGGACAUCAGAGGCAGCUUCUUCACACAAAGGGUGGUGAGUAUUUGGAAUGACCUGCCAGAAAUAGUAGUUGAGGCAGGCACAUAAACCACAUUUAAAAGUCAUCUAGAUAAAUACAUGGAUGAGAGAGGUUUAGAGGGCUAUGGGCCAAACGUAGGCAGAUGGGACCAGCUCGCUAGGCAACACAGUCGGCAUGGACAAGUUAGGCUGAAGGGCCUGUUUCCAUGCUCUAUAACUCUAUAGCAAAUAUUUAUCCCAAAUACCCAACAAGAUAAGUGUGCAGUGCUGACUAACAAGUUAAAGAUAGUAAAAGAUUAAAGAUAAAGGCUUAUAACAUUGCCAAAAAGUGCAGUAAGCCAGAAGAAUGGGACAGUUUCAGAAUUCAGCACAGCAGGAUGAAGAAACUGAUUAAGGGAACGCAAAAUAUGAGAGUAAUCUAACAAGAAACACAGAAACAGAGUUAAAAGGAUGUAUAGCUACAUACAAAAAAAUUCAGAAAAAGUUAAUGCGAGUCAGUUACAGACGUGAGACAGUAGAACUUGUAUCAGGGAAAAUUUGGGAGAGGAGAUUAAGGAGAAUUCAGAGAUCUUAUAGGUAUACUAAGGGGAAAAAGUGUAACUAGAGAGAUUAGGAUCAUUGUAUACACUGAGUGAGAGGCUCCCAUUCCAGCAGGUUGAAUCUGCCUGCCUGCUGGGACCGUUCAUCCCUUCCACAGAGCACUAGAAGACCAUGAUCCACACCAGGUCAGCUGAAGGUAGAAGAACCUUCUGGGUAGGUUUUCUGGGUAGGGUCCAGGGCACUGGCCUAGGCCGCAGGCUUGGGCAGUGUGGUCGUUGGGACCGGUGAGGGGGCAGUUCUGGGUGGUGGGGGAAUCGAAGGUGACGGAGUUGAAGGAGGAGAACCAAAGGGUGAGGAGACUGGGGGAGACAAGUUCGGGAGAAUGGGACGGAGAGACUGAGGGUGAAACUAAUAAAAGGAAGGAAUUGAGGCAGGGCAAAAAAACAAACUGCUGGAGGAAUUCAGUGGGUCAGGCAGCAUCUACGUAGGGAAAUGUACAGUUAACGUUUCGGGUUGAGACCCCUCAUCUGGACUGAAAGAUGAGGUGUAGCCAGUAUAAAGAGGUGAGGGGAAGGGGUGGAGCAAGAGCUGGCAGGUGAUAGGUGGAUCCACGUGAGGAGGGGUGAUAGGCAGAUGGCGGAGGGAAGGGUGGAUAUGGUGGCAGAGGCUGGGAGAUGAUAGGUCAAGACACAAGCAAGACUGCAGAUGCCGGAAAUCUGGAGCAACACACACAAAAUGCUGGAGGAACUCAACAGGUUGGGCAGCAUCUGUGGAGGGAAAUGAACAGACAAUGUUUUGGGCCGAGACCCUUCAUCAGGACUGGAAAGAAAGAGGGCAGAAGCCAGAAUAAAAGGGAGGGGCAGGAGCACAAGCUGGUAGGUGAUGGAUGAAUCCAGGUGGGGGGGGGGCGAGGUUGAUAGAUGGGAGACAGGAGGUGGGAACGAUGUGAGAAGCUGGGAGGUGAUAGUUGGAAGAAGCAAAGGGCUG